AUGAUGCUCCACCAAUUCUUCCGAGAUGAUGCAACAACGGUGGCUAGUGGAGACAAAAAGGAAGGGGAUGGAGAAGAGGAGAGCAGUAAGCCUCCUAGAGAUAAGGAGGAAGGGAAGGGUGUCAAUGAAGCUGUUGAGGAACAACCCGAGCUAGUUAAGGAGACCGUGGGGGAUACUAUUGACUCGACUGAGGAGAGGGAGGCAAAUGAAGUGCCCAGGGAGGCUACUAUAGGUGCUAAUCCAGCCAAGCAGAUCGAGGAGGCGAUCUGA